GGAGAAUUAGCAGGCAACAAUGGUACAAUCGAUGGUCAAGGGAAGAUGUGGUGGGAUCUGUGGGGGAAUAGGACAUUAAAGAACACAAGAUGCCAUCUUGUUGAACUUGUAAACUCGCACAAUAUUCUGAUCUCGAACCUCACUUUUCGAAACUCUCCGUUUUGGACCAUUCAUCCUGUUUACUGCAGCAAUGUUGUUAUCAGAGACAUGACAAUAUUGGCACCUCUAUAUGCCCCAAAUACUGAUGGAAUUGAUCCAGAUUCAAGCACCAAUGUAUGCAUCGAAGAUUGCUAUAUCGAGAGUGGUGAUGAUUUAGUAGCAGUGAAGAGUGGUUGGGACCAGUACGGCAUAGCCACGGCCAAACCAAGUGUAAACAUUACUGUAAGAAGAGUAUCAGGAACUACUCCAACAUGUUCCAGAAUUGGGAUUGGCAGUGAGAUGUCUGGUGGCAUCAGCCACGUUCUAGUCGAGGAUAUGUACAUUAGGGACUCUGCAACCGGAGUAAGGAUCAAAACCGACAAGGGUAGAGGUGGAUACAUCACCAACAUUACUAUACAAAAUGUUGUGAUGGAGAGAGUUAAGGUGCCCUUGAGGUUUAGCAGAGGCACAAACGACCAUCCUGAUGAGAAAUGGGACCCUAACGCGUUGCCUUUGGUGAGAGGGAUACGGAUAAGUAAUGUAGUAAGGAUUCGAGAAAACCCCCCUUGUUAGUAGGCAUUGAAGGCGCACCAUUUAAGGAUAUAUGCAUGAGAAAUGUUAGCCUGCUCGGGAUAUUGCCAUCUCUGAGGUGGAGGCGUGGAGCUGUGAGUUUGUCUCUGGCUUCAGCGAUGGGGUGACCCCCAUGCCGUGCUUAGAGGUGCAGAGAAACGGCUCCUCGUCUUGGUGUUGGUGUUCGGGUUUGAGUAGUGCC